AUAUUUCGGCAUAAACAUAGUAAAAAUAUACGAAUAAAAUACACACUUGAGAGAAAAAAAAAUUAGGGCCAUAGGAAGGUUGCAGUCACACAUUUGCCAAAACCGAAUCGAAUUGACUGCAAAGCGUGUGGCGCACAGUGAUAACGACCCACUAUUUGGCAAUAAACGAGGCGACUAAUUGAGAACGGGCUCCGUUGGGGAAGCAGGACAAAUGGCGGAAAACGGAAUGCGUGUGGGCCCAGGGUCAUCCGUAGUGGCGGCGGCUGUAGGCGUUGUGGUUGCGACGGGCGGCACAGUGGCCAGCAAUGGCGAUCACGAAAACGAACAUAGUGCGAAUGGGGAUAUCGAGAAGGCUCAGCCGGCGCCAGCCAUCCAGAAAUACAUGCAGGAACUGAUGACCGAGCGGUCGCGCAUGGAGAAUCAUUUUCCAUUGGCAGUCAAGCUAAUCGACGAAGCCUUGGAGCGGGUGCAGCUGAACGGGCGCAUACCCACGAGAGACCAGUACGCGGAUGUCUACCAGCAGCGCACAAUCAAACUGUCGCAGAAGGUGCACGUGCCCAUAAAGGAUAAGAAGUUCAACUAUGUCGGCAAGCUGCUCGGCCCCAAGGGCAACUCGCUGCGGCGCUUGCAGGAGGAGACGCAGUGCAAAAUCGUCAUACUCGGUCGCUUCUCGAUGAAGGACCGGGCACGCGAAGAAGAGCUGCGGAACUCGGCAGACGCCAAAUACGCCCACCUGAAUCUUCCGCUCCACGUCGAAGUAUCCACCAUUGCCCCACCUGCCGAGGCAUAUGCCCGCGUGGCCUACGCCCUGGCCGAGAUCAGGCGCUACUUAACACCGGAUAAGCACGACGACAUUCGCCAGGAGCAGUACAGGGAGCUCAUGGAGGAUCCCGAGGCGGCCAAGAAACUAACACUGCGCCAGCUCCAGCUGCAGUCGAAUGUGGCUGCCAGCAGCGGACCACCUCUGUCUGGUGGCAACAGUGGCAACGGCAACAAUCGCUCUGGCGGCAACUACAGACACAAGUUUCAGCAGCAAUCGCAUUAUCACCACAACGAAGAGACUGUCUACUAUCGCUCACACACAAACGCCUACCACCAGCCAAAGCCCUACGUGCCACCCAACCAGCGGGGAAAUGCCAUGCACACGACUAUGCAGCCUCAGACGAUUGUGCGAGCCUCGCCGCCCGGCAUGGUGGUCAGUGCGGCCAACUUCAAUGGGCGGAAUGCCGGCCUCGGCAAUGCCGGUGGUGGCGGCAUAAUGGCCAAUAGCAUUGUGACCACCACGGGCGGCGGACUCGGUGGCACAGUACAGCAGACCAUGCGCUACCGUCCCGCUGCCCCCUAUCAGUUUGUCAAGAAAUAAUAUACACACAGUGCACAGCCAUUGUUGAACCAUUUCGCGGCCACACCAUCACACCAGUCAUCGCCAUCACCAUUGUACCAUCCCCACGGAUCCACGCCCAUCCACGCGAAUUCAAACGCUGCUCCAAAGGUAGAAGUAAUCAUUAUAAAAAACAUUGAACAGAACAGUUUAUCACGCAUUGAUGUUUGCCAAUGUUUCGAGAAAGUGAAAACCAAAACGAAACGUAUCGAAUCGGUAAAUGUAUGAUUAAGAAAACUAGCCUAAGUAGACGAAUGCUCUAAGAAACAGAUGACGAAGAGGAUCGAUCACCCAGCCCAGCCCCCCCACGCACACACACAUCAAACACACCCCACCUGUAAACACACGGAAUUCGCACAUCUUGGGCAUCCGCGCUGGGAACAAAUGUAAUCAGUGUGUGAGUGUGUGUGUGUGUGUGUUGUGCUCUGGACUCUGCGAGCAUUUGGAAGAACCCGAACACCCCUCAUUGUGGAUCGAGUCGAAUCGAAUUGAAUUGAAUUGAUUUGUUUUGAUUAUAUUCAGGAAGGACCACCCCAGUUGGCCCAAAAGUCCUUGUUUUUGUUUUUAAUCUUGAUUCUUUAUUAUUAUUAUUAUCAUUAUUAUUUUAUUACUGACGAAUAUCCUUUCAUUUUUAAGUAUUUACGUCUGCCACACCCCAACCCCCCGCAGCUGCUUGAAUUUUAUGUAGGCGCUUUAUUUAUCCAUCUCCCUGCGUUUUUAACCCACCAUUUUGCUUAAUGCAUUUUUAUUACGUUUACGAUUAGAGGAGGCUUAUUAUUAUUAUUAUUAUUAUUUUAAUUCGUUACGUUGCCACGACAGAGAAAAAACAACCUUUUUCAGAUGAGAGUAUGAAUAAUAUAUACAUACACCUAUACAGAUACACACACAUACACCGCAGACAUACAUGAAUACAUACAAACAUACAUAUAUAUUCAAAGCAUCAGCAUAACUACAUUAAAACCAAAUGAAAGAACUAGUAAGGAGAAUGCAAAGGAGAAUGAUUCUACAUAGAUCGAGGAGGCGAGGAUAGCCUCCGACAACACGAUAAUAUAACGUAUAUAGCCAUGCCCACAACCGACUCCGACUCCGAUAAAGGGAAGAAGUAAGCAAACAAACACAUACAUAAAUACAUAAUUGUUAUUGUUGUUGAAAGCAACUCAAAUUGUAAUAGAAAUUAUGCAAAUAUACAUACGAAAUAUGACGACAAAUGUUAAA